AUUUUGAAUUUAUACAUUUACCCAUCUGUACAAGUUGGCAGGAAUUUCGUUUUAAAAUGGGUAUAGCAGCAGAGUCGAAACAACAAUCAAAACUUUUGAAAGCACAAACGUCGAAGAAACGAAAAGCAGUAGCAGCAUCAAAAGCAAGAACACCUGAAGGUUCCGGUCGUGGCAAGAAACCAACUACACCGAACGGAGUAGCAAAUCCAACAAAGUCGAAAACAAAAGUGAGUACUGCAAGCACAAUGAAUGAAAAGAAAGGAGCUUCUACUGGAGAUAUGAAGAAGAAGGAACCAUCAUCUCGCAAGAAACCUUCACCAAUGAAAUGUUUCGCGAAUGGAGAAAUUGUGGAAGGAGUGAAUCAGUUCAAAGUCUUAUCACAGAUUCGUAAAAGCUCCAGACUUCUGGAUCAUGAUGUUUAUGUGGUGAAGGAUGUUGAAGCAGAUGAAGAGUAUAGAAUGAAAGUUGCUAGAAAGGACUUACAGAUAUUAAAGAUUGAAGCAGCUCUUCUCAGACGCCUCGAAAAGAUUCCUGGAGACAAAUGCUUUGUUUCACUGGUAGAAUACGGAAACGUUUCGAAAGAUAAGCUCGAGUUCUUAGUCGUCUCUUCAUAUGGCUCAACACUGCAAGAGAUUCUGAAGAAAACUAUAAAUGGACCACUUUCAAUGGAUUGCUCAUUUGUAGUUGGUCUACAGAUGUUGAGAGCUAUUCAAAAUCUUCAUUCACUGGGAUACGUGCACCGAAACAUCAAUCCAUCAGCGUUCAAUUGUGGGCUAGGAAUGGACGAGACUUCUUUGUAUUUGCAAGAUUUUCGUCAAGUUAGAAAAUUUGAAGAGAAUAAGAAGCAUGUCACAGCAAGAUCGACUGUUAAGAUGUUUGGAUGUGGACGCUUUGCGAACAGAGCUUGUCAAAAUUCGAAGGAUCAGGGACGGAAGGAUGACUUGGAAAGUUGGAUAUACACUCUAUUCUACUUGAUUGAUCAUGGAUCCUUGAGUUGGAAGAAUGAGGCGGAUUCGCAAAUUGUUGUACAGCAAAAGGACUUGUUCAUGACUGGUGACGGAAAAGAGCAAUUCAGCCGUGCUCCGCGUGGAUUGGCUCCUCUUCUUUCCAAAGUCAACGGAUACGAAUUCACGAGUGCACCGGAAUACGACAGCUUCAAAAACCUCAUAAACGGUAUUCAAACUUCCCAGAAACUCAACAAGAAGUCAUGUGACUGGUUGGGAAAGUGUGGUCUUGAUGAAAUUGGCGGGGAUACGGAUCGUAGCGUUGAUUGCAGAAUGACGGGAGACAGAGAUUUUGUACCGAAAGGGAAGAAACCGAAAAGACCAACAAGAAAGAAGCUUGCAAAAGGAGAUGUGAUUCUGGGAGUUGGAGCAACGGAUGGCUGGAAAGUGAUCAAUCUUCUUGGUUCUGGUGGAUUCGGAGAUGUGUACAAAGUACAUCGUGAGAGUCAACCCAUCACCAAAUGCUACGCUUUGAAGACUGAAAGUGAAGAGGGCGAGAAAAGAUAUUUGCGUCUGAAAAUCGAGGUCACUGUGAUGAUGAAGACUGCCGAAAAGAAGAAGGAAAACAAGUUCAAAAACUUCAUCGAAUUCGUGGACCGAGGAAAGUGUGAGCAGUUGAAGUGUAAGUACGUUGUGAUGGGUCUUGUUGGACCAUCCCUUGAAGACAUUCGACGCAAGUAUCUCCUUGGAUCAUUCUCAAAGCAUACAUCAUUCAAUGUUGCCAUUCAAACUGUCACUGCUCUUCAGGAUCUUCAUUCGAUUGGUUAUCUCCAUCGAGAUAUCAAGCCAGCAAACUAUGCAGUUGGACUGGAGGAUCGUGAAGAUACUGUCUACAUGCUUGAUUUUGGAAUCGCCAAGUUGUAUGUGGACGAGAAUGGAGAACACAAAGUGAAGAGAAAGAAAGUAAAGUUCCUGGGAACAUUGAGAUAUGCUUGUCGGGCAUGCAUGAUGCAACAGGAACAAGGACGGAAGGAUGAUUUGGAGACUUGGAUCUACUUGGUGUUUGAUUUGAUGGAUGAAUCCCAUGGAAUGCCUUGGAGAUCUUUGUGCAGUCCCAAAGAGAUCUUGAAGUCGAAAAACGAAUUUUUCACUAAUUUCGAUAGUUCUUCCGUCUCUGCGACUCUGAAACGUCUGAAAGGAUUGGUAUCAUAUGUUGAUAACAUGCAAUACGAGACAACUCCUGAUUACGACUACAUUAUCAACUUCCUUAAGACAACUGCCACAGAAGCUGGAGCAAAGAUUUCGAAAAAGUUGGAUUGGAUCGGAAAGUUGAAGAAUAAGGAGUUUGACAGUGAAUCGGAUAGAUCUGACAAGAAAGCCAGUGGAGAAGAUGAUGAAUAGAUUUGCCUUCAUCAAUAUUUAUUAAGGUUUAUGAGCAAAUAAAGUAUUUCGGAUAAUUAUUAUUG